AUGCAUCCAGACUGGCCAGAAUCCGACGCCGAUUUGGUGCCACUUCCACAAUGCCUUGGCCCCAAGCUCAAGCCCUUUGACUUUCUCGGCCCUCAAAAGAUUAACUUUCUUGAAUACCUGGGGCAGGGCCUGCAUUCAUUUGUGUUCAAGGUCGAAAUUCUUGGGCACAUCUACGCCUUGAAACUCUUUAGGUUUGACUACGUCGAUGAAUGGAUAGGCACAGCAGAAACCUUCGAUAAGAACGAUACUAUUGCUUUGAACGUCAUGUACAAUUAUUCAGAGGCAUUCAACUGUGAAUGCCGCAGCUUUGGCCGUCUUCAAGAAGCGGGCUACGAGGAGCUGGCAGUCAAAUGCUUUGGCUACCUACUCCUCGACGAAGAACACGAACGAAUCAUGAUGGACAAGUUCAGUCAUGUUGACCUCGAGUUUAAUGGAAAUGUCUAUGCUUCAGGGUGUGAUGACGUACGCGCGAGCUUUACAGGCAAAAGUGGUAGGCCUCCCCCCAUCCGGGGCAUCGUCAAAGAAUUCGGUUUGGAGGCAAAGAAUCUAAAAACAAAGGACAUGCGCAAAGUCCUUCAAGACAUCAAGCGGUUUCACCAGCUCGGCAUCAUCGGCCUCGAUGUGGCUGAUCGACAGCUUAUCAACGGCAAGCUCUGCGACUUUAGCACGGCCAUUACUGUCCCUCACUUCAUCACGACUCCCGAGCUAAGCCCAUAUCUUCCGCCUGUUGCCCCGCCCGCCAUGGCAUAUGAAACCUUUAUAAUAACCAUGAAUGAUUAUUGGGAAUUUGAUGACAUGGUGCAACUAUGGAAUGAGGAGCAUGAGGACCAGAAGACUGAAAUCGCAGUUCGUGCGUUCCCUAGCGGACGUGGCUGCCGAAUCGACUACAACCUACGAAGCACGCCAUCCAGGGACCGUGUUUAUACUUUCGUUGACCCAAGGCGGUACAAUUGGAAGGCGUUGGGUGCUAGCCCAGAGCCGGCCACGAGUAGAACACGGCACGGUCCAAGGACAAGACAGAGGACCAAGUCCUGCAGUGCAACAAAUUCGAGAGGAGCCACGUCAAAACCGCGCAUUCGGCUUGAUAACUGGCCACCUCGAUGGUACUUGGAUUGUAAAAAAGAGACGGCGGCCCGUUUGAAAAAGCAAACAUCCUUUGCGUACAAACUCAGAUGGCAUGCCAACAAUGGCCUGAUAUAUCCAAUGCCCGUCGUGGUAGGGGGCAGGUGA